UUGGGGCUGGAGAGUGCGGCCUGCAGGGCUGGCCUGGCCUGCUGGCUGCCGUCUGCAGCGCCCAGGGCUGGGUUUUACGGUGUACCCCAGCCUCCCGGGUGACGACCGCCUCUUCUGCUGCGUCUUGGGCCGGCCCCGGGGCUGCGCCGACUCUCAGGCUGCCCUCCAGAGAAUGGGUGUGUUCAAGAAAGCAAGCCCCAAUGGAAAGCUCACAGUGUACCUGGGAAAGCGGGACUUCGUGGACCACAUCGACCUGGUGGACCCUGUGGAUGGUGUGGUCCUGGUGGAUCCUGAGUACCUCAAAGAGAGGAGAGUGUACGUGACGCUGACCUGUGCCUUCCGCUACGGCCGGGAGGACCUUGAUGUCCUGGGCCUGACUUUUCGCAAGGACCUGUUUGUGGCCAACGUGCAGUCCUUCCCGCCGGCCCCUGAGGACAAGAAGCCCCUGACACGGCUGCAGGAGCGCCUCAUCAAGAAGCUGGGUGACCAUGCCUACCCCUUCACCUUUGAGAUCCCCCCGAACCUCCCAUGCUCGGUGACAUUGCAGCCAGGACCCGAGGACACAGGGAAGGCCUGCGGUGUGGACUAUGAAGUAAAAGCCUUCUGUGCGGAGAACCUGGAGGAGAAGAUCCACAAAAGGAAUUCUGUGCGUCUGGUCAUCCGGAAAGUUCAGUAUGCUCCAGAGAGGCCUGGCCCACAGCCUACAGCGGAGACCACCAGGCAGUUCCUCAUGUCGGACAAGCCAUUGCAUCUGGAAGCAUCCUUGGAUAAGGAGAUCUAUUACCACGGAGAGCCCAUCAGUGUCAAUGUCCAUGUCACCAACAACACCAAUAAGACAGUGAAGAAGGUCAAGAUCUCAGUGCGCCAGUAUGCGGACAUCUGUCUCUUCAACACAGCGCAGUACAAGUGUCCCGUAGCCCUGGAGGAGGCUGAUGACACGGUGGCGCCCAGCUCAACAUUCUGCAAGGUCUACACGCUGACACCUUUCCUGGCCAACAACCGGGAGAAGCGAGGCCUUGCCUUGGAUGGCAAGCUGAAGCACGAGGACACGAACCUGGCCUCCAGCACCCUGCUGAGGGAAGGCGCCAACCGCGAGAUCCUGGGCAUCAUCGUUUCCUACAAAGUGAAAGUGAAGCUGGUGGUGUCUCGAGGCGGCCUGCUGGGAGAUCUUGCAUCCAGUGAUGUGGCUGUGGAACUGCCUUUCACCUUGAUGCACCCCAAGCCUAAGGAGGAGCCCCCACAUCGGGAAGUUCCAGAGAACGAGGCACCUGUAGACACCAAUCUCAUAGAACUUGACACCAAUGAUGACGACAUUGUAUUUGAGGACUUUGCCCGCCAGAGACUGAAAGGCAUGAAGGAUGACAAGGAGGAAGAGGAGGAUGGGACCGGCUCUCCACACCUCAACGCCAGAUAGACUGGAGCUGGCCCUUCCUUCGGGCAGCUCCAGGUCACUCUUGCACUCGGAUGCUUAUUCGUCGUCUUCUUCCCCCUCCCCUUUGUUCUUCCAGUUCCUUCCAGGGGCCCCAUACCCACCAUCACGGGGGGGGGGGGGUCCUUCCCCAGAAGGUGGUCUUCUAGGUCCCAGGGAUGAACCUCUGGCCUCAGGACUGGCUCCGCGUCACCAAGCCACCAGGACCACAGCAUACCACCUUCGCCCCUCUCCAGUCACCGGUCCACCUCACUUUUCAUGCUCACCCCCACAUAGGUCGCCGCGGCCCUGGCCUGGGAGGUGGGCGGGAAAUGGAGCCGAAAGUAGAGGGUGGAGCACAAGGGGCACAGUGAUGGUGGGCGGGCGGGGGGCAUGGAGGACGGACCUGGGGACUCACUUGGCAAUGUCUGCGGUCCCAGCGGGUGACAGUCUGGCAGUGAGAAGAUGACAGUGUAGAACACCACCCUCUUCUGGCUGGAGGGGCCCUGCUGUGGUUAGAUUCUCCAUGCCUUCACUGUCCUUGUCCCUGUGUCUUGGUAGUGACAUUGGUGAAGGUGCACAGAGACCGGGAGUGGAGAGGAAGCAACGGACUUAUCAGCAGACACACCUAGAUGAAGAUGAGCGGGAUGAAUGAUAAACACCUAGAUUUCGGUUCUGGUCAGGCUAUGGCAUUUUAGCUCCCUUGUGUUUGGGAGGUGGACUCAUCUGUGUGCGUACACAGAGAGGGCAGGAAGGUCUCCUGCAAACACCAGCCCCAGCGCAGGAAGCUCAAGCUCCUAGGAGGUUUCCUGAGGGGGCCGGGGUGGGAGGAGAGCCCACCCUACUUCCCCUCCUCGGUGAACUUAAUUAAGGUGACCAUUCGGGAAGCAAGACUGGAGGGCCAGAGGCAGCUCGAGUCCCCACGCUCCCCGUGUAGUUCUCUAGGGGUGGGCUGGCCCUGCAGGCUGGGUGACCAUCAAAGGGGAUCCUUCCCCACAGGAGGCCCUGGAGGGAAAGCUGCUACUCUUCUCCUCUUGGGGGGUCGAGGACCCCUGUAGCUCUCAUUGAUGGGUGCUGGGCAUUUCCCAGGGCAACAGAACAGACAAGUGAUAAAAGUGGAAAGUGCUCAAGGUA